UGUCUAGCUCUCUCGCCUACCUUCAGCUGACGCGCAAGCGCACUCCCGCAGGAUGAAGGUCAGAAUAAAGUGGGGGAGGGCCUCGGAGUCGCGCAGGCGCGCUUCUGUGCCGGACUGCCAAGAUGUCGUUCCCCAAGUACCAGCCUUCGCGCCUGGCCACUCUACCCUCCACCCUCGACCCAGCCGAAUACGACGUAUCUCCAGAAGCCCGGAAGGCGCAAGCCGAGCGGUUGGCCAUAAGAUCCCGACUUAAACGGGAGUACCUGCUUCAGUACAACGACCCCAGCCGCCGAGGGCUCAUCGAAGAUCCUGCCUUGAUUCGUUGGACCUAUGCAAGAUCAGCAAAUAUCUAUCCCAAUUUCAGACCCACUCCCAAGACCUCACUCUUAGGAGCUCUAUUUGGAAUUGGGCCCCUCUUCUUCUGGUAUUAUGUUUUCAAAACUGACAGAAAUCGUAAAAUUUUUAAAUUGGAAAGGAUCACUACUUCUACUCAGUACAGAAGAAUAUUCUACGUCAUUCCUGGCAUUACUUCUUGGGUCUGCCUGCAUGCCUCCUGUGAAUGGAAGCUUUCUACUCAACAAAGCAGUCUACCAUAUUAUUGAAAAGCUCUGGGUGUUAGAAAGUUCUCUCAUAUUAAAUGGAAAUUUGCUUUAAUAUAA